AUGACAAUUAAAAAUUUAACAACAUCAUUACCACCAAUGCCAAAAAUUCAAGAAAUUAUUAGAAUUUUUGGAUUAAGUGCAAAACAACAAUUAUCACAAAACUUUUUAAUUGAUAAAAAUAUAACGGAUAAAAUUUGUAAGAAAUCAGGUGGAUUUGAUGAUUGUACAGUUAUAGAAGUUGGUGCAGGACCAGGUGGAUUAACAAGAAGUUUAUUAACAAGUGGAGCGAAAAAAGUAAUAGCAGUAGAGAUGGAUCCAAGAUUUUAUCCAGCAUUGAAAAUGUUAGAAGAAUCAAGUGGAGGUAGAAUGUCAUUAAUUAUGGCCAACAUGAUGGAUGUUGAUGAAGCUAAACUAUUAAGAGAUGCAGGUGCAGAAACCACAAAUUGGAAAGACAAAUCCAAAGUGAAAAUCAUUGGUAAUCUUCCAUUCAACGUUGGUACACAUUUAAUGUUGAAAUGGAUUCGUCAAAUUGCUCCACGUCAAGGACUAUAUGAAUUUGGUAGAGUACCAAUGUAUUUAAUGUUUCAAAAGGAGUUAUCUGAUAGAAUCUGUGCACAAGUAGGCUCAGAAGAAUAUUCACGUCUAUCAGUUAUGGUACAACAAAUGUGUCAACCCUCUAUAGUAUAUUCAAUACCAGGUACCGCAUUUGUACCACCACCAAAAGUUGAUGCAUCAGUGGUUGCAAUUGAACCAAGAAUUUCACCAUUGGGUGAUGAACCAGUUAAAGAUCAUCAUUAUUUCGAAUUUGUAUGUAGAGAAUUAUUCUCUCAAAGACGUAAAAAACUAUCAAAUACAAUUAAAACACUUGGUAAAGAUGCUGAAUCAUUAUUGGGUGAUGAUAUCGAUCCAAAAAUUAGAACUCAAAAUUUACAAAUUGAACAAUUUGUUAAAAUCACUAAUCGUUAUAUAGAAUUUCCAAAUAAAAUUGCAAUUGAUCAUUUAGAAUUUGAAAAUGAUGGUAAAACUAAAAGAAAAGAAGAAAAACUUAAAGAAAGAGUAAAUAAAAUUAAUACAAGAAUUGAAAAAGAAAAGAAAAAACAAGAAUUAAUUCUUGAAGAAAAAAAACUAAAAAAAGAACAAAGAGAAAAAGAAAAACAAGAAUUAAAAGAAAAUUUUGAAAAACAAGAAAUUGAAAUUCAAAAUUUAACUAAAUUUGAUCUUGAAGAUAAAAUUGAUAAUGAAAAGGAAGAAGAAGAAGAAGAAAUUAAUAAUAGUCUAUUAGAUUCUUAUAAAUAUCAAUUAAAAGAAGCAUUAGAAAAGAAAGAAAAAAUUGAUUUAUUAAAACAAAAGAAAUUAGAAAAUAAAGAUAUUAUUGAUCAAGAUCAAUUAAAAAAUCAAUAUCAUCAACAAAAUAAUAAUAAUAAAUCUUAUAAUAUUGAUGAUAUUGAUCUUGAUGAUGAUGAUGAUGGUGAAAAUAUAGAUUAUGAUCAAUUUUUAAAUGAACAUUUUAAAAAAUAA